GUUUGUGUGAAGGCCCCGGUUCCCUCUGCCCGAAUCUCUUCCUCUGAAGCGGUCACCAGCGUGUGGAGCCUGCCCCACACCCAUCACCUGCCAAACCACGGCCUUUACCUGUGUCUUCCGGUGUUUCCCGUGCGACCCGUCCUGCGGGAGUGCCUCCUGGGCCACCCCAGAGUUCACGCAGCGCUCGGUGGCUCCAAUGGUGAAGAUGACAAGGUCCAAGACUUUCCAGGCAUAUCUGCCUUCGUGCCACAGGACCUACAGCUGCAUUCACUGCAGGGCUCAUCUCGCCAACCACGAUGAGCUCAUUUCCAAGUCCUUUCAAGGAAGCCAAGGACGAGCAUACCUCUUCAAUUCAGUAGUUAAUGUGGGUUGUGGCCCUGCAGAGGAGCGGGUGUUAUUAACAGGAUUACAUGCGGUUGCAGAUAUUUACUGUGAAAACUGCAAAACCACGCUGGGUUGGAAAUAUGAACACGCUUUUGAAAGCAGCCAGAAGUAUAAAGAAGGCAAAUACAUCAUUGAACUAGCUCACAUGAUCAAGGAUAAUGGCUGGGAUUGAAUGGAAAGAGCCCAGCCCUACCAGCGUGUAAGAGAAUGCCAUCCAACCGAACAUUAAAUCCAAGAGUGAGAGAGUGACUGAACGCUUGGUUCCAUGCAUUUAGAGGCUCUGCAAUUUUGGAGCAUCUUCACACCCUUCUCCAUCUUUAUUGGUGACUGGCCUCUAAAUUUCUGUCUCUCUGUCUCUUUGCUUUGUAUCUGUUUGUGAGUUGACCCUGGCUGCUUCUCUCUCUGUUCUGGCGUUGGCUAAGAGAAUGCACCGAAUGCCCGACAGCCGUUCCGUGUUGGUGAGUGUGUUAAGUACAAACUGGUGUUGGCUCUGUGGUGGCAUUUUAUCAGAAGGUCUCGGUGCGAGAGGAAGACCUGAGUUUGGGGCAGGAGAAGGUGAUAGGGGGUGGGGACUGGGCCCGAAGGGAAGUCAUCAGAAGUUGAAACUGUACUUCUCCUUUAAGUCCUGGUGAACCAAGGCUUGAAACUAUCUACUUGUCUAAAUGGACAGAAAAAUACCUCACGGCUGCGUUCUCUCCGAAUUGUAAAACCGCUGCUCUGUCGGUGGAGCUUCAGUCUAAGCUGGCUGGGCACAAGUCAUAACCAGUUCCCUCUGCCAGCGAAUCGCAGAUCUGUGUUUUGUUUGCCAUUUAUGAACUUGGUGGUUGGUGGGGGGAGGACCUGAAGGCAGGAGAGAUCCCCUGCCUCUCCUUUUUCUCGCUAUUUCAGGGUAGGGAGGCCAAACAUCCCAACAGAGCACAGCUGCAGGGAGCAUCCUCGCAGCUGGAGAAACCAAAUCCUGACUCUUGAGCCCUUUGGAGAGGAGAAAACCACUUAAGUCAUAAGGGAGCUGGAGCUG